UGCUUAUAAGCGCAGUGGAGACUGUCAUUACCUUUAUGAGACUGCAGCUGAACUGAGCAUGUGUCACCCCGCCAUAGCGGGUCGUAACCAAGGGCAACAGUUAUCAGAACAAUCUCCGGCACAACCGUCAUUUGGUAAUGGAGGCUAUACCUACGGCGAGGCCACCUCCAUGCCUCCAAAUAUGAGGACCUUCACAAGUGACGUCAGCCCAGGAUCAGCUGACCUUGGUGUCUCCCCGACCAACGCCGAAUUUUCACCUGUUCCCGCGACAUCUCAAAAAAGUCUCAUGGAUUCAAGUCCAUUUACAAUUUUGGAAACUCCAGCCAGCAAAAUUACAAGGAAAAACAACAGGACGCAAUCUCUUCCACAAGAUUGGGCACUGACAGCUGAACCGAUCACCAGUAUGUCACCUAUAGAGCUUAUUGUAAAAACUCAUACUGAUAGUGAAACCGAAACUACAACAGCGGUGACCAGUAUUCCAUUGAAGCUCAUAACUGAUAUGGGGGGAGGGGGUCCACCACAGCUCACUACUAACAUCAUAGAUGGAGGGCGUCCACCACAGCUCACUACUAACAUCAUCGAUGGAGGGCGUCCACCACAGCUCACUACUAACAUCAUUGAUGGAGGGCGUCCACCACAGCUCACUACUAACAUCAUUGAUGGAGGGCGUCCACCACAGCUCACUACUAACAUCAUUGAUGGAGGGCGUCCACCACAGCUCACUACUAACAUCAUUGAUGGAGGGCGUCCACCACAGCUCACUACUAACAUCAUCAGUGGGGGCCGUCCACCACAGUUCACUACUAACACUAUCGAUGGAGGGCGUCCACCACAGCUCACUACUAACAUCAUCAGUGGGGGCCGUCCACAACAGUUCACUACUAACAUUAUCGAUGGAGGGCGUCCACCACAGCUCACUACUAACAUCAUCGAUGGAGGACGUCCACCAGUGCUCACUACUAACAUCAUCGAUGGAGGACGUCCACCAGUGCUCACUACUAACAUCAUCGAUGGAGGAAGUCCACCACAGCUCACUACUAACAUCAUUGAUGGAGGACGUCCACCACAGCUCACUACUAACAUCAUCGAUGGAGGACGUCCACCAGUGCUCACUACUAACAUCAACGAUGGAGGACGUCCACCAGUGCUCACUACUAACAUCAUCGAUGAAGGGAGUCCCCCAGUUCUCACUAUUAACAUCAUCGAUGGAGGGAGUUCACCACAGCUAACAACGCUGCCGACACCCAAUAAUAAUAGUAGUAGCACUAGCACCAUGUUACCAGCUAUAACAAGUACCCAAAAAACAAUCAACAUAAUCAGUUCCCAGUUUGCAGCUAUAAUAUCUGCACCACUACUGCCUGGUACCACAAGUUUCUCCAUGUCUUCCGAUGAUACACCAAGGACCACGUAUUCCAGUAUGAUGGACACUUCGUCUGCAGCUACAGGCAAAAGCACAGUAGAAGAAACAAAAGCAAUCACGGAUUUAGGACCCGAAUAUACUGCACCCUCUGAAUACACAGCGGGUUACUACAGAGGGACAAUAAUGUUGAAGGUGAUGAUGAAUUCUUCUCCCACCACAAACUUUGCGGUUACUGUUCGAUCACUUUUACGACAGACUUGUCUCCUGCUCGCUCAGGACAUUCCCAUUGAAGAGGUGACCAUUUCCUUUGCAAAGAAUAAGAUGUUCCUGCCGUGUGUCACCAUCAUAUGA